AAUCUUCACAAAUCCUCCUAUAUCUGCUCUAUAUCUGCUCUUUGCCUAUAUAAGGCCACACCUCCCCAAGUUCAUUGUUCAGUGCUCUCUCUUCUUCUUUUCAGUUCUUGAACAUUUUGAUCAAACACUAAUUUCCUCUUAGUUUAAAAUAUCAAGAAAAUCCCAUCACCAAAAGAAUGAGAGAAAUUCUCCACAUUCAAGCUGGUCAAUGUGGUAACCAGAUUGGUAGUAAAUUUUGGGAAGUUGUAUGUGAUGAACAUGGCAUUGAUGCCAAAGGAAACUAUGUUGGUACAUCUCGUGUUCAGCUUGAGAGGGUUAAUGUUUACUACAAUGAAGCCAAUGGUGGCCGCUAUGUGCCUAGAGCUGUACUAAUGGACCUUGAGCCAGGAACCAUGGACAGCUUGCGAACUGGCCCUUAUGGACAACUGUUUAGACCUGAUAACUUUGUUUUUGGCCAAAAUGGAGCUGGGAACAACUGGGCCAAGGGACAUUAUACUGAAGGAGCUGAAUUGAUUGAUUCAGUUCUUGAUGUUGUUCGUAAAGAGGCUGAGAAUUGUGAUUGCUUACAAGGCUUUCAGGUUUGCCAUUCUCUGGGAGGUGGAACUGGGUCAGGAAUGGGAACACUGCUGAUAUCAAAGAUCAGGGAAGAGUACCCUGAUCGGAUGAUGCUGACUUUCUCAGUCUUUCCUUCACCCAAAGUCUCUGAUACCGUGGUUGAGCCCUACAAUGCGACCCUCUCCGUGCAUCAGCUGGUGGAAAAUGCAGAUGAAUGCAUGGUCCUUGACAAUGAAGCUCUCUAUGAUAUCUGCUUUAGAACUCUCAAGCUCACAAACCCCAGCUUUGGUGACUUGAACCAUUUGAUUUCAACAACCAUGAGUGGAGUCACAUGCUGCCUUCGCUUCCCUGGGCAGCUCAAUUCUGAUCUCCGAAAACUAGCAGUAAAUUUAAUCCCAUUCCCACGCCUACACUUUUUCAUGGUUGGUUUUGCACCCUUGACAUCCCGUGGCUCGCACCAGUACCGUGCACUAACAAUCCCUGAGCUCACUCAACAGAUGUGGGAUGCCAAAAACAUGAUGUGCGCUGCUGAUCCUCGCCAUGGAAGGUACUUGACAGCCUCAGCUAUGUUCAGAGGCAAAAUGAGCACCAAGGAAGUUGAUGAACAAAUGAUAAAUGUGCAAAACAAGAACUCUUCCUACUUCGUUGAGUGGAUUCCUAACAAUGUUAAAUCCAGUGUUUGUGACAUUCCACCAACUGGGUUAACAAUUUCAUCAACAUUCAUGGGGAAUUCCACGUCCAUCCAAGAGAUGUUUAGGCGUGUUUCGGAACAAUUCACUGUCAUGUUCAGGAGAAAGGCGUUUCUGCAUUGGUAUACCGGGGAAGGAAUGGACGAAAUGGAAUUCACGGAGGCUGAGAGUAACAUGAAUGAUUUGGUUUCCGAGUAUCAGCAGUAUCAAGAUGCUGUGGCAGAUCAGGAUGGUGAAGAGCAUGAGGAGGCAGUGGAAAAUUAAGGGGUUUCUUUUUUCUUUUUCUUUUUUUUUUCGACUUAUAGCCAUGGCCAAAAACAAAAGUGGUGUUUGGGAUUAUUUUGUGAUUGUCAUUUGAUGCUUAAUAAGGGGGCCAUGUUUCAUUUGUGUUGGGACUUUGCUGUCCUUUCACUGGCUGAUUCCAUGUAAAAUUUGCUUUUUUGAGUGUUUAUAUCUGUAAAUAUGUUCAUUUGGGCUUGUUUAUUGGAGUGUAAAUUCUGUAUGUUUUCGCCCUGUUUCUCCCCAUUUCUAUUUGAUGAUAAUGAUGACCGUCACCGAAUUUGAAGUUCAUC